CAGCGUAUCUACCCCGCCCCCUCCCCUUGCACUGCUUUGAAAGCAAGCAAGCAAGUUUGUCUGUUUUGUUAUAAAAAAUCUAACAAGAUUUAUCUCCCUGAAAGUGACUAAACAGUGUAUUAGUAUUGUGUGUUAUAGUGAUCGAUUUGUGAAUGAUCUUUUGCGCGUUUGGACAUGAUAAUCAGGCAAAACAGUGUAUGACAGGAAUUCGAAAUGGUGGUGCAAAAGAAUUGGAAUAACGUCGAUACAUCGCAACAGAAUCCUGCUUCUGAAAACUCUAACAGUACAUGGAGCUUUCAGGCACCAGUUAAAACAUUGAAUACUCGUUCUAACACACCCAACAACAUGCAUGCGAAACAGCCAGUGACAAGGCAGAUUGCCAUAAACACACUGGCAGCUAUGCACAGAAGGUUUAGUCUGCCUGGACCUGUACAGCCACACUCCAGACCUAUAGCUGAGUUCAGAGCCAGCGCCAAUAAGUCUUUAGACAUGCUAAGGCAAACCAUACAGUCAGCGGUCACAAGGGAAAUUGAUCAAGUUAUCAAAAAAUAUUUAGAGAAAUUCUUUGUGCCAGCGGUAAACAACAUAAGACUCAAUUUGGGAGAUGAGUCCGUCAGUGAAGAUCAGGUGAGGGCAGUUUGCCGAGCAAUGCUUGAUGCUACUAGACUACUGUAUACGACACCACCGAGGCCUGCUCAGUCUCCAUACGAAAACAGUGAUUCGGAAUCCAGCAAUAGUGUUGAUCCUAAACUUGUGAAACAACAAAAUUUACAGAGUCCAUGCCAGAAGCGAAAGGAUUCAGACAAUGAUAUGGACAUAAUAAAAAGGAAGAAGAUUAAGCAGGAGGACACCACAGACAGUGCUUCUUCAUCUCCACUGCCAUCCCCUGCCAUCAGGGACCCUGAGAAGUGGAACCCUGCAAGAUUGACCCAAGAAACGCUGUUUAUUAUGGGAUCUCAUGCUCACAAAGUGCUUGGUCUCGGUAAUUCUCGCGGUCGGCUGUACACCAGGCAUGCAGGUUUACUCAGAUAUCCAGCUGACUCUUCAGACAAGGAAUGGAUUGCUAGUCACAACCUUGUCAAUGCUGUGGGAGGAAAGACCUAUAUCAUGGUUCUCGAAGACAUUGAAGAACUUGCAAACAGUGAUGCUUAUAAACACAACUCACUGCCCAUGUUGGGAGAACUGACAGGUUUCAAAGUACCUCUCUUCAUGUUGAGGAAAAUAAAGGCGUAUGUCCAUAAACGAGCUCUCAGCGGUGACAUAAGCAAUGCAAACAGUCCACAACCAUGCUCAAGCAGUAUGCCAGAAGAAGACAAGUAUAAAAUAGAAGAUAUCAAAGUUGAACCUAAUCAUGAUAACUUUGAUAGCAACAGUUUUGAUGCGAGCCAGUACAUAGGCAAUGGGGAAAACAGUAGGGACUUCUCAGAUGUUCCAAUGAUGAAGGAAGAUACAGAUUUCGCUGAUAUUAAAGUUGAAGAUAUUGAUGAUAUGAAGGUUGGUGGGAUAAAGGUUGAAGAUUUAGACGAGAUUAAAAUGGAAGAAAUGAAGGAUGAAGAUGUGGUUGAUCUAAAUAACAUUAAAGUUGAGAACAUGGAUGAUCUUGAUGUCGAUGCUAUGAAAGUCGAAGAUAUAAAGCUGGAGAAUGAUGAUGCCUUUUCUCUUUGCAAAGAUGGUGAGGAUUCCCAGAACCACUUGGUCGAUGGAUUGUUGGAAUCUGAUAUAGAGUUUCUGAGCCGAAACUUGGGAGAUAUUGAGAGUGAUGCUGAUGCAAGGAAAACUAUAGAGAAGUUGACUGGCGCCAAUCCUGAUACUAUUACAUUGGUUGGGGACGAGUUUGAUUUGGGAACCACCUUGAAUACUAACUUCUCAGUGAACCAGACAAAAUGCAUCACGGUAGCAUCAACUACCAGUGGUAUGGUGCAUAGUGUACCGGUUGCCCAUUUAGCAGCCCCGCCUCGCAUCACAGGCAGCACCGUGCACUACUACACCAGCUCCAACCUACCACCAACUGGUCAGAGAACCGUUCAUCAUCUACCACAGGCCACAGUCACCAUACAGAACAUUCCUGGAACUAAUUCACAAGUUAUACGAGGUAUACCAAUCAACACUAAAACGGGAACAUUCAGCACAGUCAUGUCUCAAGGAACAGCGAGUACAAUCAUCGGCUUCGGCACUCGUUCCUCCAACGCCACAAUCAUCGGUACUCCACAGUAUGUCAAUGUGAAUUCUAAGUCAUUCCCAACUGGUAACAUACUACACAACGCGAUUGUGUCGAGGAACAUUAUCAAUCGGAGCAAUCUGUCGGCACCAGCUUCAAGCGCGACGUUCAAUGUGACUGCAGUAAGACCGGUCCUCCACACAUCCACGCCAAAGAUAAGUACAGUCGUCACAGCAAGUUCCAGUGACUUCGAUAGUAUUUCUACCACCAAGGACAUGAUCGACAAUGCCUGCAAUUCCUCUGUAAUGUUGAAGAAGGUACUUACUUUAGGCAGUGCGGGCGCUGCCAAGUCUUUUAUGAUGCAUAAUACGCAGAAGGUUUUGUCAACUGGGUUCGCGAAUGGAGUCACGCCUCCUCCGAACGUUACUAUUGUCAGUUCGGGCACCAGUGGUGGUCUGCUAAACAAUAACAAUGUGGUAGGACAUUCCUCCAGCAACAUCGUAAGUCCUACAUCUGGUACAUUAAGUGCCACACAUGCUACUCUUUCGGCUUUGUUGGCCUCAAAUGCUGAAAAUUCUCCUAAAAAUAAGAAAUGAAUAUCAAUUUCCAUUCCAUAAUAAUUUUACAUUCACUGAUCUCAUGCUUAAAAUAAUUCCUUAAUGUCCUGCUAUUUUACCAAAUGAUGUAAUCGAUAUUAAUGACUUAACAAUACUAUCAAUAUGACGUACCUAACGGUAGAAAUAUUGAGGAAAAUACUAACGAUUUCAAAUGAAAUACGAGUAUUUUGUCACAGUUUUUGCAGAACAUAAUAAUAUAAUCAAACUAAGUCGUCACUUUACCCUUUUGCUUUGCCAUCUAAGAGAGGUCUUCUAGCAAGAAGUUAUACCUAUAUACCUAGCUUGACUAGUGCAAUCUAUAUUCCUAAUCCCCUAGAUAAGAAAAAGUGUAAUUUAGCAGAACUUUUCCUAAUAACAUCCAAUUUAUUAGAAAACUUUAAGUAUUCUCUCGAUUAUUUUGCUAGUUGAAGGCAUUUUAGUCGACAUUUAUUUAAUCUACCUCUUUGUUACCUGAUACUUAUUAACGUGUUGUGAUAGUUAAUUAUGCUCUUGUAUGUAUAUGUUACAUAUAUUCGGACAGUAUAAACUGAGAUUGCUGUAACAGUAUUAUUUGAAGUGAUAAUUAGGUUAGUAUUUAUUCCGUUAUGAGUAUUUAGAAAUGCCUCAUUUAUGCAUUGCGUUUUGGCAAACUUAUGUGUUUGGUCCUUAGAUUGGAUUAUUCGAUACGAAAGUACUCUUAAUUUCCUUGUUAUUUGCCAAUUUAAAAGGUUCGUUAGCAAUCUAAUUAAGUUUCAAUACCACAUUUCCUGAAUAGUAAAGGAAAAGUCUAUAUAAAAUGUCCGAUCUCCUUGGUAUUAGAUCAUGCCCACUAAAUUCAUUAACUGGCGUUUUUUCCUGAAUAUUAUUUCCUGAUGUGUGGUUUAAACUAUUUUAAUAUACGAAAUAAAAAAAAAAUCUUUCACGGGAAUUGAAUAUUAUAUGACUCUUAAUUUACUUUAUCAGGGUAUAGCAAAGAGGUUGUAUAUUGUAUACCUGAUACCUACACUUGAGAGUAAAGAAACGGAGCCACUAUCAUACGAAAGGAAUUUUAAUUACCUUUAAAAUGCUAGUACAUUGUUGUAAAACGAAUAAUUUGUUGAAAAGUUACAGACGUUUUUUAAAUGAAAAUAACGCUAUACCUAAUGCGCUCUAACAAGGUGCGGCUGACAGAUUCAGUAACGUUUCGUAUCACUCUUGAAAGUUGCUGCGAUUUAAAAAUUAUGCCUUAAUAUUUUAGCUGUAUCACAUUCGUAUUAUGUUAAAUCAUUCGGAUGCGUAGUUAAUUAAAUUAAAACCAACCGGAAUGUUCUAGUAUUCAAUUAAAAUCUAAUGAAAUGAAAAAUAAAGUAAAGUGUUAUGCGUAUAACGUAAAUCCAUAGUCGUGUUUAGUGAUGGGAUGUACGGCUACGAUGGAUAGGUAGUCUUUUUUUAGAAUAAAAAACGAAAAUCGUGCGUCGUUCAAUUAUCAUUCUUAAAAAACCUUUAAUUAUGUGGGUAAAUCCACUGUAGACGCGGCUCUCUCUGCCCAUACCACAGUGACAUUAUCUGAGCAGAAAUAUGUAGUAGGCAUUUUUCUAGACAUUUCCGGCGCCAUUGAUAAUGCGUGGUGGUACUAUUCCAACAUAUACAAACUAAUAUAUCCUUGUUUUCUUCACGGUUCUGUAAAACUGUAACUCUGAAACACCUCAGGGCUCGGUCAUAAAAUAUUUAUUUUGACAAGUAUAUACACGUAGUUAGACUGCACAACUAAAUAACACACACAUUUAAUAAAAAAAUUCAAGAGAAUUAAAUGUAUGCUGCGAGUAUCGAUAGCGAUAAAAAAAGAUUUUUCUAAUGUCCAUCCCUAAAGAGAGACGUCAACGUCAUACUGGCAUCUGUCAGCCGCACCUUGUUAGAGCGCAUUAGGUAUAGUAGCUCCGUUUUUUUGCUCCCAAGUGUAAUGUAAAAGAUUGAAUUCAUGUUAUAAAACGAAUAGAGUGGGUUUCGAGACUUAAUUAUGUCAUUUAAAUACAAUUAUUUUGUAUUACUUAGAUUUAAUAUUUACGUAUUUAUUGUUUAUACCCUUUGUUACACUGUAUGGUGGGUUAUUUUCUUUUUUAAACACACUAAUACGCUUAGUACGGUAAGAUUAUCUUGGUGAUUCCUUUAUACGAGUUGUGACUGUUAAAUAAAUAUUUUUACUACAAUAUUUUCAAAUAGUGAGCGAUACUAUUUUUGAUGGGAUUUCAGAAUCUUACUUUAUAUUAUUUAGGCUAAUUUAUCUCAUAAUGGUGAGGGUCUUAAAUGAUUCGUUUGAGAUACUGUAGUACGAUUAUUAAUGUACAGUCAGCCAAUUUAUUUGGUAUGCAGAUUAGAAAAUAAAGUCAGUAUAGACUUUCAAAUGUUUAAUAGAGAUUGGCUUUUGUUAAACAGUAUACAGUAACAUAUAAAUGUUUGGCUGACUGUACUCAUAGGUAUUAGAAUCUCGUUCAGUGGUCUAGGUACGAAUGUAAGUUAUUUCGUAGGAAAAGUUGUUCAUGAUAGGCUAAUCAUGUUAGUUCUUGAAGUUAUCGUCAAAAUAUUUGAUGUUGUUUUUUAAUCGUCGUAAGUUUUACUUAAUAUGUGCCAAAAAUGUAAUAAUAUACCUCUGGAUAGUGUUCUUAUGAAGCUUAAGUAUUUGCUUUUAAAAAUAUAUUUAUGCUUAUGCUUUAAAAUGCAAAUAUACUGCCUAAACGUCAACAAACCAUUCCAAAGGUUGUAAUUCGAUUACAUAAUAUUUAAAUAAAUAGUUUAAUACUAAGUAGUUCCAUAAUAAAGUAUUUGUCGGUGUUUAGAAUUAACCUGAUAUUUAUAGGGAUUCUUAGUAGAUUUAAAAUCAUAGUGCAAUAUACGAUCAUCGUCGUGAAAACAGGUAUACGAGUAUCGAUGAUGCUCUUGAUGUAUAGAAUCAAAAUACACCAAUUAAUGUUUCACUGCCUCGUUGGCCGAGUGGUUGUAAGUACCACUGCUGGGCAAGGGACCUGUGGUUCGGUUCUGGAUCUGGGCUAUUUUCGUUUUUCAAAAAUUUCUCAGUAAAAGCACGUAGUCUGAAAAUGUGACCGGUUUAUGGCAAUAUACUCACCCCCUAUUACAUGGGACUUAUAACACAAAUGUUGAAAAGUGGGUGUAUAUUGUACAGUGGCAUUACUGCCGUAAUGUGCACCUCUGCCUAUCCCUUCGGGGAUAUAUGUAAUGUUUCAUAUAAACGACUUCUUAGACCGUGGUUUCAACAUAAGAGUUUAAGUCAAAGUAGGUAGUGAAUCAAAAUAAUAAAGAGACGAGUUGCAAGAAUAAUUAUUAAAUAGCAAUGUUUAUGCUUUAGCUUAGCUUUUAACCAGUUGUUUAUUUAGCUAGCCAGUCCAUAUUUAUUUAUUAGGCUUUUUAGGGAAUUAUUUUAUAAUAUUCCUUUUUAUAGGCAGUACAAAAAUUAGGCUUUAAUAUUAUUAUUUGCUUGCAAUAUUAUUUUACAUUUUACGCUUUUGUGCAAUGCUAAUAAUUUAUUUAUUUUUUUAUAAUAUUUAGUUAAUCUGUGCUUUAUCAUUGCAAUAUUUUUUUAAUUAUUGAGCGAUGGCUUUUUAUUUGUUUUAUGCCAGCCUCAUAUUUGCUUAGCUUGCAAUAUUACGUUUAUUUAUUUUUGAGGUUUUUAAAAAUGAUUUUUUUUCUGGUUGUAACUUAGUUUUAGGUACGAGUUGUUUGUCAUUAAUGUUACGACUUCUAUUAUUGAGCUCGGUUUGUUAAAGUUUCCAAAAUACGUUUUGGAUUUAAAUGGCUGUGUUUUCACUUAAGUGAUUAAUAUUAUUAUUGUGACUGCAUCGUUUUAGAGACUAGAAAAUAAUUACGUACCUCAUUGUAUUGUCUAUGUACCAAAGAAAUAGAACCGAGAAAUCUAAAUGAGGACUAUCGUUCUUAAUUUUGCUACGAGUGGCGCUAGUGGACACAGAUAUCUGAUUCAAGAGAUGAUUAUUUGAUGCAAAUAAUAUUUAUUAUCAAUAAUAACAAGAUAUUGGUAAUUGAUCUCAAUAUUGCUAUUAAGAAAUACUUUGUUUACCAAUCAGCAUAAUAAUGUAGGUCAAUAUUUAUAGAGAAAAAUAUACUUAUUCAGUUCUGCUUUUAUUCCUCCACAUAAGACUUAAUGCGCUGCUAGCGCCACCUACGGAGCGCAAAAAUGAUAGCAUUCUUAAACCUUUAUUAGUAUAAUCUCGUAUGUACCUACUUGGUAGAAUUUAAUGGUUGUCGUGGCUGUGUGUAACUGUAAUUAAAAUUAAUUAAUUAAUUAUUAAUAUAUUUAUUAUCUUAAAACGAUUGUAAUGCAUUGUACCUUUUACUCAUACAUAGUUGAAAUAAUUGAUCUCUAGAAUAGUAUUUAUUUAUUAGUGUUGUACCUACCUGUCUGUGCGUUAAUGUCCCAUUUCAAUUUUUAUUUGUGUUACUGCUGUACUCAGAGACAUUUAAUGAUUACUUAAACUAUUCCUGCGUAACAAUUUCGUUUCUAAUACAAAUGGUAAGGACUGGGUUAAGUAACCAUUAAAUGUCUGAGUGUGGCGGUUAGCAAGAUAUUUUAGGCUAUUUUAAUCCCAUUUUUUAUUUAUUACUCGUAAGUUAUCUCACGAGUUACGAGAUAAUUAUGAUUUUCUGAUUUUAAUGGAAUAACUAUCGUGAAUUAUUGGAGAUUUGUUUUACUAGUACGAGUUAGCUGCGCGACUUCACCGUGUUGCGCACGUGUGACUUGGAACUAGUAGAGCUUUUUUCCAAUAUUCAAUCAAUUUUACAUUAUUUAUUGUUUGAACAUGUGAACAUGUUUUGAAUCAAGAGACGCCUUAUUUUCUCGUACAAUGAAUAUGAAACGGAAUCAUUUUAUACAUAAAAAGGACAUAUUUUCUUAAUCCAUUUUACAGGUGUUGUGAAAGUAGAAUACUAUAAGCUAAGCUGUAAUCUCACGUCUGUAUGUUAAAACAAAAUAAAUUCAGCUUAAAAUAUUCAGUUGGAUUUUCUAUUUAUGUAAUGUGUCAUCCACGUGGGUCAGUUGCUUAAUACUCAACAGUACCCUUAGUACGAGUUUGCUUUGCGUUUAAAGUAAUCGAAACGAGAGCUCGUUCGGCGCUAUGAUUGGUUGGUUUAUUCGAGCCGGCCAAUCAGAGCGCCGAUCGCGCUCUCGUUUCGCUUACUUUAAACGCAAAGCAAACUUAUACUAAGGGUACAAGAUUGGUUGGUUCAUUCGCACCGGCCAAUCAGAGCGCCGAACGCAGAACUAAGGGUACUGUUAGUACCAACUAUGAAUUAAUUGAUUUUAAAUCUCAUUUCUUUUAAUGAAUUAAAUACCAAACAAGUAUACUGAAUAACCGUCCUUGAUUGUCAAGCAGAUAAGUGAUUCACACUACGAAAUAACGAAAUAGGACAUUAGGUGCAGUGUGAAAUAUGUACUUACAUACUUACUUAUUCAUCGAAUCUCCGUACUGUGAUUAAUGUUAAAAAACUAUACGUACGACAAUGUCUGUCUUAUCUAUACAUAUAAUAAAAUCGUAGAAAAGUGCUGUCUGUACAUUGAAAAUAAAAAUAAAAAAAAUAGCAGAGGUUAUUGUUAUGUCGAUGUCGAACCCAAAAAUGUAAUUAACUUUUUUUGUCUGUUUGUCUGUUUGUCUGUGUGUCUAUGCGCGCUAAUCUCAGAAACGGCUGAUCCGAGUUGGAUGCGGUUUUCACGAAUAUAUUGUGGUAUGCUUCAAUUUACAUUUAGUGUUUGUUUCAUGUCAAUCGGUUCAUAAAUAAAAAGUUAUGUCAAAUUAAAGAAUCACGUCGAACACUAUUCUAUGCUUAUACCAUUAAUCUCCGCCACUAUUUGACGGAUUUGGUUGAAAUUUGGUACAGAUAUAGUUUAGAACCUUAGAAAGGACAUAGGAUAGUUUUAUUUCAAAAAUCAAAAAAUAAAAAUAGAAAUAGAUCGCGCUAUGGUUUCGUUACAUUCAUUUGGUUGGGUAUCGGCCGAGCGAUUCGGUACUAUCGUAGAAAAAGUGUAUUAUCAGUCGUAUGAUUAUUUGUCUGUAGUGGUCCUGCUGUUUCGUAUAUUCUAAAUUGGUUUCGUUGUAUUUGUCAAUUAAUAAGUUUAUUUGUUGGGUUUUCCUGGUUUUUUGGUUAAACUAUUUAACGUAGGUUUAGUUUGAUAUCGAUUAUUAGUAGUUACUGUAGUUAGUUUUUUUAAUAAAAUUGUAAGUCUAAUUUUUUUUUUAAUUAGAUUAGAUUUAAGUCGUUUCUUUUAAAUUAUUUAGUUUAAGCUUGGUUAUUAUAGCAUAGAGGAUAGGUUGUAAUAUAGUUUCUUUUUUAAUUGUUAUAAAUUCGUAAUUCGUAGCUUUCUUUAGUUUUAAGUUAGUUUAAGUCCGUUUUUAAACUAUUUUUUCAAUGCCCUAAGUGAGUAUACAUCUAUUAAAUUCAAACGCAGAGCUCAUUAUGUUGAUUUUUGAAGAGUUCCCUGGAAUAUCUUCUACGUCUCAUUUUUGAAGAGAUUCCGCGAGAUCGGGAACUAUGUGGUUAAAAUCAAAAAUUUGCCGGAAGUCACUAUUCCACGCGAACGAAGUCGCGGGCAAAAGCUAUAAUUUCUAUAUAAACUUAAACUUUACUGUGCUUAUGAAUUGUGAUUAAGCGAAGGAAAUCGUAAAGAUGCGCCUGCGCAAAUGAGGGAAUUGGUCUGAUUUGUCUUAUUGCUUUUUUUGAGCUAUUCGAUAUAGAUAAAAGGGAUUCAUGUUUAUAAAUGGUAUUAUUUAUUUAACUGUUUAUUGUGACAAACGAAAUAUCUACAUUUUUAAAGGUACUCUGUGCUUCUGUGAUACAGUUGUAUCUGGUAUUGGUUGAACAAUUAAUCCUUUUUUUUUACAAUCUUGAAUUGAUUGACCUUUAGCAGACAAAGAUCCCUCGUCUGUGCAAGCUCUAAAUCUAAAACAAACUGAUAAAACCAAAAUGAGUAUUGAAUGUAGCCCAGCUCAGCCAAAUAUUGAUUACUUAAUCAAUAAUACUCUUAAUUAUAAGUACUUAAAAUAAACGAUAUGUUUAACAAUUCA